ACUUUAGUGUUAGUGCCCUUUUCUUCUUCUUCUUCUGUCUGUCCCUCAACAAUACCAAACUUGUCUUCAACAGCAACACCUUCUCUCUCUCUCUCUCUCUCUCUCUCUCUCUCUCUCUCUACUUUUUUGCUUUCACUUUUCUCCAAGACUUUAAUAGCAGCCACCAUCAAAAUACAAUGGUGGGUCGGUGCAAGUUUCCAUUUUUCUUCACUUUUUCGCUGUCAAAAAGAUACCCUGUUGAAAAAAGCCUUCAUUUUCUUUGCUGUAGCUUCAUUCUUCUUUGAGAAACAGAACACAGUGUUUCUGUUUCCCUAGGCAUUUUUUUUAUUUUCUUAUCUGGGUUUUGCUGAAACUGAGGGAAGAUUUUAGUCAUCCAUUUUGUUUUUAUGUGUGGUCAAUUUCAUUCACAAGGGUGUAUACAAAAAUUUCACCAUAAAGUUGUAGUAUUAUUUUGUUGCUAAUUGGGAUUUGAUGGUUCAUUGAGAUUGCAUACAUCCAUUCUGUUAUGCAGAAAUCAUUCAGUUUUUUUUUUUUUUUUUAUCAAACUUUUUCAUUAAGUUUUUAAUCAUUCACUUUUUGUGAGCUGUAAAUCUGUUGCAAGUUGUCUCAAUUGUACUUUUCUUUUAUGAGAAGAGUGAAUAAUUGAAAUUUUCAGCUUUCUCUUUGAAACUUGAGUUAAUUAAUGUCUGUGCAUGAAGGGAAAAAAACAUUGAAUCUUGAUAUUUUCCCUUCAAAGGAAUCCUUUGAUAUCUUCACUCAGUUGUGAAACUUAGGGACUGAAAUUGGAAUUCCUAAAUGCUUUGUAAGUGGACUCAUCAACCUACAUACCUUGUACUCUUUGACACAAAAAAAAAAGGUCCUUUAACAAUAUGGUUAUAAAAUAUUGUACCACUGAGGAGUUUUGUAUGAACAUAAACAACAAAAAGCCAAGAUAACCUUAUUAACAUCCCAAGGAAAGGGAAAAGAGAAAAGAUUCAAAAGAAGGAAGUCAACUGUGCCAAAUCCAAUCAUUUCAAUAUGACAAAGAGGUCUCAAAGAUUCCCUGUGCAGUAUGAGAAAGAUCAGUCAGGUUGUAUGUGGGGAUUUAUUAGUAUGUUUGAUUUUCGCCAUGCUCGCUUUACUCGGAAGUUGAUCGCUGAUAAGAGGCACAACAACAAGCAUGCUCUUGGUGCUGUACUUACCAAGAACAAAUUUGAGGCAUUGAGCAAUUUGGAUGAAGAAUAUCAAGGCAAUAUGGACAGAGGAGAGAGUAAGAGACUAACGGUGACUACCGAUGCUGACAAGCUUAGUGUGAAGAAACUCAUAGAAGAAGAGAUGUUCAUUGACCAGGAUGAAAUAAAGGAUCAAGGUAAUGUUGUUGAAUCGACACGAACCGAAUUAGGGUCUGAAGAUUCGCUGAAGACAGAUUCCAAAAGAAAAAGAAAAUCACGAAAGAAAAGCCGAGAUAUGGACAGCAAUGAUUUGAGUGCAACUUUGAAAUCUGAAGUCACACAUAAUCAGCAUUCAAAUCAACAAUCAAGAGAUAAUAUAGAUUUGGACAAGAUUAUGGAAGAUUUUUGUCAAAUUGAACGUGCUUGUUCCUUGAUGCAUGAUGACGAUGAUAGCAAAGUUCUUGCUCAAUCAAACCAAAAGAAUAUCAAUUCUGAAGAACUUGCAAGAGAUGCAAUUCAUGAUUUUGUGAAUCAGAUGAUAUUGAAUGGGAAAGAUAUGGUAGAAGAUAAAAAAUUCCUUUGCUCUCACGAACUCAUGGAAACACUUCAGGUUAUAAGCUCGGAUAAGGAAUUGUUUCUAAAACUUCUACAAGAUCCAAAUUCCCACUUACUGCGAUAUAUUCAGGAGUUGGAAAAUGCUCAAGGGAGAAGUGAAAAAGAAUACAAUUCUGUUGCUGAUUCCAACUUCUCCGAACAAGACCUUGGCAAUCUAAAACAAACUCGAGAUAUUGUCAACCGCAAGCAUCAUAAAUUUUUCUGGAAAAAGGUAAAGUCUCAAUCAAAAGUUCCAACAAAUAAAAAUGUGAAAACUGAGGUUCCAAAUAGAAUUGUCAUUCUGAAACCUGCACCAACAAAAAUGCAAAAUUCAGAAAGUGAAAACAAUGUUGUUUCGUCGCUUGAUUCUCGUGAUAUUGUCCAUUACAAAGAUCCUUCUGUGAGAGUUGGUUCACCUUUUUCUCUUACAGAGAUAAAAAGGAAAUUAAAACAUGCUAUAGGAAAGGAGAAGCAUGGAAACCACAAACUCCCUGCUGAACGUCAAAACAAUGACUCGAGAGGCAAAGCCAUUUGUAAAGAUAAAACUGGAAUGAAAUCUCCUAAUAAGGAUCAUUUUUUCAUUGAAAAAAUUGCAAGACCUAUGUUUGAUGUUGUAAAAGGAACCAAGACUGGUAUAAAUGAAAGUGGUUCUUCGAAGGAAAAAGUUUCGAACUUAUACAUCGAGGCUAAGAAACAUUUAUCUGAGAUGCUGGUAGAUAAUGGAGAUGAUAACACAAGCAUUUCUAGCAGGCAGAUUCCGAAAACCCUUGGGAGAAUACUAUCUCUUCCUGAGUACAACUUUUCUCCUCUUGGAAGUCCUGGAGGGAAUUUGGAGCAUAAUUUUUUGACUACACAUGCAAGAUUAUCCACUUCAGAUAAAACUUGGGAGGUUAAUGAGGAUAGCUUGUCUCCCAAGCAAGACACCUAUAUUGAACAACCCUAUCAGGAAACAAACAAUUCAAGGAACCAAUCAAGCGUUUGUGACAAAAGAUCUAAUGAAGUACCAGAAAUUGAGUCAGACUCAACUCUCUCACAUGAUCCUGAUCACGUUGAUACUGCUGAAAUCAGUUAUCCUGUUAGAGACGAGAUAGUUGCGGAAGGUAAUUUAGAAUUCACAAAAGAUAUUAUUGUUUUGGAAUCUUCCUCAGAUCCAAACUGCUGUACUGCAGGGAAGGACCAAAAUCAUGAUGUCUCAAAAAUUGCUGUUGAUGCUAUAUGUUCUGAAUGUUUGAAUGGGGAUUUAAAAGAGAACCAACAAUCAUCUCCACUAUCUUCCCCUUCUCACUCUUCCAUCACUGAGAAAAUGGAAGAGCUAGAAAGUUGUACAGAUUUAUCUGGUCGACCAAGUCCAGUAUCUGUGCUCGAUAUACCGUUCUCCGAUGAUGACCCUGGCUACUCCACAUGUCAGCCUGUUAAAUUAUGCAUACAAUCGCUACAAAUUCGAUUUGAGGAACAAGACUGUUCAUCGUUGGAUCGAUUUCAUAGAAGAAAAUCUUGUCUGGAAGAAAAUGAAUUGAUAUAUGACUACAUAAAUGCUGUCUUCCACGCCGCUAGCUUGACACAAGAUCAACUAUUGAUGAAAUGUCUUUCCUCAGACAAGAUACUAGAUCCUUCCUUGUUUGAUCAGGUAGAGUUCUUCUCAAACAUGCUUUGCCACGAACAGAAGCUCCUAUUCGACUGUAUCAACGAGGUUCUCAUGGAGGUUUGUUGGAAUUACUUUGGGGUUUCACCUUGGGUAUCAUUUGUAAAUCCGAGUAUAAGGCCAACUCCAAAUAUGAAGAAGAUUAUUCUCAAGGUCUGGGAAGGAGUGUGUUGGCAUGUCCUUCCUUUACCCCCACCGCAUACUUUGGAACAAAUUGUUAGGAAAGACAUGGCAAGAAAUGGAACAUGGAUGGACCUUCGACUCGAUGCUGAAACAGUUGGUUUUGAAAUGGGUGAUGUCAUUCUUGUAGAGCUGAUGGAAGAUGCAAUAUUGAGCUUUGUGAAUCAAAGUACAGAAAGUUAAUGUUGUGUGCUUCAAUUUGAAUUGAAAGACAUAGAGAGCAAACAUUAACUUGUAGAUGACAUGUCAGUGGAACAACAUCAUGCAGAGGUGCAGCAUUAACUUGUAGAAAGUUAAUGUUGUGUUCCAAUUUGAAGGCAAGUAAAAAAAUUAUACAUCAUGCAGAGAAACAAAAAUUGGUCAGGAAGAAUAAUGAGGUGUCAUAGACCUCUUUAAGACACCCAAGGACUUUGGUACUAUUUUUUUAAUCAUAUCUGACAGGAAAAUAUGAUGUGAAUGAGGAUAUACUCAAUAAGGAAGCCAGACAGUUGCAGCUGCUUCUUGCAAUGGUACUAAAUUAUACUUGUUUUCAAUGAUAUCAGACAGAGAAACAGUUUUAUUUGGUGUGACAUACUUCACCUUCGGAGAGUAAAAGGUGUUUGUUUGAUUGUAGAUUUUGUAAAGUUUGAUUUGCUGAUCAUAAUACCUGGUGUGUUAUAAUUUUGUUUUGACACCAUCCUUACUUUGUAUAUUUGCUUUUUGGUUAACCUAUUGUAAUUUAGUGUGUGGAAAUAAUGAAAUGGGAUUUCAGUUUGGUAUA